CCGCAGCCUUUGCGCGCAGGUCGCUACCACGCAGCACCAACCGCAGCCUUUGCACACAGAUCCCUACCACGCAGCACCAACCACAGCCUCUGCACACAGGUCAGCACUCCCUAUACAGCACCAACCACAACCUCUGCACAUACGCCAGCACUCACCUUGUCUGUGGCUGCCAUGUUUCUAGAAGAAGACUCUGAGCUCUGGCCAAUCAGCAGAGUCCUCAGAUCCGCCCUCCAUGUGGCUCUGAUUAUAAAGUACAAAGUGCAGCCCUCCCCCUCCUCCUCCACAAACACA